AUGACACGGCGCCUCACCGCCCCGAACGUCGAAAUCAGCAAGAACUUCUCCGAUCAUGACGACGACCCAGAGAACAACGAAGUCCUCGUCAGCAUCAGAUCCUGGGGAAAUGCAGCCUUCGUUUUUCCGGAUCUCGCGGAACGGGCCGACUGGCGAAAGCCCGAAAACACCCUGUGGCAAGCCCGGAUCUUCCACAGAGGCCGGCGCUCGCUCGGCUACAUGAUGCUUGACGCCGCAAGAGCAGCCCUACGCGUGCAUCCAGAUGCCAGCAUGCAGACCCUCGAGCAAUUGCAGCGGAACCAUCACGUCAAGCUCCUCUCCGGUGGACCUCCAUCAAGUGGCGACCCCGACCCGGACGGCAUGGAAUUCACCCCGUGGCAACCAGUAAUCUACGCAGCCGGCGAAUCUCCCAUGCCCAUCCUGGAGCUGCUGCAGUACCUGGUGAAACACCAUUGCACGUGCGGCCAUUGGAGGCACGCGCCCCCCUUGGCCAUCCGCAUCCAGGAAUGGACCUGGGUAGCAAAGCCGCCAACGCCAUGGACGCUCCGCUGCCACCCAAACAUGAGCGACAUCGCCUGUUUCCGUGCAGUCCCACCAACCACGAGACAACAUACACUCUGCCAACUCAACCGCGCUACAAACCGAGCCGGGGCAUACAUCCUCACCAUCUUCGGCAACCUUUACCCGUACAGGCGAAUGCUGAACAACGAGAACAUCCCGGCCGGAGAAGUUCCAGCAUCAGGAAACGAAAAGAAAGCCACAUACGUCAGGCAAAUGCACUUCGACAACUUCGACACCAGUGCAAAGGAAAGAAUACAAAGCCUUCUCGUCAAUGCCCUGUGCAACCUGCCCAUCUAUUUCAUCGACGCCACAGAGCAAGACUCCGACGAGUUUGUUUUCUGGAUGACCCGCCAGAAAAGUGUCAUCCUGGCUGAAACCCACAUGUGUCUCAACCGAGCAACAUACCCACUCCUCGCCGCCGCCAUGCCAAAACGACGCUUCCAGGCCCACGAAGUCGCGCUCCAAGAGCCAAUCGCGAAACGAAACAACAACAACGCCGACCCAACGGCCGGGCGCUACCUCAUAGCCACCGUCACCUAUUGGGGCAGCGCGGCCUACUACUUCAACGACACGCCAACAACAACCAAGCUGUGGCAGGUACAGGUGGAUCACGCCGGCUACAAUAACUUUAGCUACAAAAUUCUCGGAACCGUGAAUGACACACUCCGAAACUAUCCAGACUCCAACGUUACGGACCUAAAGAGCAUGGAACAGCACCUCAAGAUCCGAAUCCUGAAUGGUGCCCCUAGCCAACAAGGAGAAGACAACGAUCCAGACGGCAUGCAGUUCACGCCAUGGCGAGCCGUGCUCUACUUGGGAAACGACGACCUCAACCCGAUCUUGGAUCUUAUCCAUCGCAUCCUGAAGCACAAAAUGGAUCAAGCGCAAAUUUUGGACAUACCGGUGCUGCAAGUACAAUCCAACUGUGUGCAGUGGAACCCCGCACAAGAAGACCUGCCACAGCCGUGGCAACUACUACGCACGGAACCAGAAUGGAUGCCGAACAUUUUCAAAGUCUUGCCUCCCAGAGGACGAAGACACAUCGUCUGCCAACUCGAAACCGCCGAAGACGAUCACUACAACCUCAUGUUUCUGGGCGGGCUCUACGUGUUUCGGGAACAGUUCGAUGCGCAGCAGAUCCCGUACGGAUACCACAAAACGGUGGAUCCAACCGAAAAGCGAAUCUACGUCCGCCUUCUCAAAGUACAGGACAGCGAAGACGGCAAAAACAAAGUCCUCCGAGUAGUGAACAACGUCUUGCACCACAUGCCAGUCUAUUUCUACCACUACAUCGAAGACAAGCAAGACCCCAUGCUCACCUGGCUGCUAUCCUUGGGCCCCUUCCGACUCAACCCCAUCCCGUUGGACGACACCUAA